AUGCGCUUUGGCCUGCUACGAACGAGAGCCUCGCUCCAGCGUUUAUAUUGCAUCUUCCACUUCCCCUUGUUGCUCCUACUACUACAGCCACCGCGGGUUUGUGCGAUAGGAGUUCAAAUCGAGCCCCUCAAAAACAUCGCCAAGAACCACAACCAGAAAAGCUCGUUGUCGAAUCUCCACAACUGCGUCAGCUACGAGACGGCGGUGCGAGAUAUCAUCUUCUUGACCAUCUCGGAGGUGGCCAACUUGCCCUCGCAGGAGUUGAAUUUGCUCGUGUUGGACAACCGCGGCAAUGUCUUGCUCAACCAGCUCAACUUGGGCAAGUUCAACCGCAAGUUGGAGCUCAUUGUGUCGAAGCUGGACGAGCGAAGCGGGCUCGUCCACGUGUGUUUUGACAAUCUCUACAACGACCUCUCGUGGUCCUUCCAGCCGCGGGCAUUUGAGUUCCAGGUGCUGGUCAACAUCAAGAAUGACAUUCAAGUCACCGACUACGGCAUCUAUAAGCAGUAUUUCAGCUACAUGAGAAGCGAGAACGACAACAAAGGCGAGGUCGACGAAAAGGGGUUCGACGUCAAGAUGAACAUGGUGCAGUUGGACUUGGACAACAUUGUCGAGAAACUCGUCAAGCUGUACGAAACUACCCAAGAGCUACUAGAGCAGGAGUUCAAGUUGCGAGAUACAAACGAAGAAAUCUUUACCGGGUACACUUUGAUCAGCAUCGUGCUAUGCUGGACCAUAUUUAUAGCUGGUGUGGUUCAGUUGAUCUAUUUCCAGUGUUAUUUAAGACGGAAAAACGUUGUAUGA